CGAUGUCUCAAACCGUAGCGUGCGAUCGUCGACAGGCACGCCCAACGUUAUAACACGUUCAUAAUUUUCUAGUAUCAUCAAACUAACUGCGAGGUAUACAAUUUCAUGUGCAACCCAUCAAUUUGUUACCCCCAAUACGAUUCACGGAAGCCACCGGGAAGCUUCCGUGUUUAGCUUGAGAAAACACUCUUGUUUACCUUCCUAGAAACUCGAGAGAAAUCCAAUACAAAUUAGUAUAUGCUCGCCUUACGGAGAUAGAGAAAUUUCUUCCCCCUGUAGGAUCCUAUUUCAUGGAAACUUCAGUCAAUGGUCUAUAUAUUCUUAUUCACUCGUCACUACUGACUGCAAAAACUAUCUCCCUUCCCUUAAACUUUAUUACUCACGACCUUCAUGGAUCCUCUUCAAGAAAAGAAUUUCCUGGCAUGCCUAGCUGAUCACCAGGAGGCUUUCGCCCUCUUCGACAGGAACGGAGAUGGCCACAUCACGCCUCAAGAACUGGAGUCUGUCCUUCAAUCCAUGGGUUACCAUCCAACCAGAAAAGACCUGAUGGAUAUGAUCAAGGAGGUGGACACAGAUGGAAAUGGAACCAUUGAGUUAAAUGAGUUUCAGGACAUAAUUUUUAACGCGAUUACGGAGGCUAAUGCUGAGGAGGAACUGAAAGAAGCCUUUAAACUUUUUGAUAAAGAUAACAACGGAUUAAUCUCUCCCAAUGAGCUCAUGAGUGUCAUAGGCAAUCUUGGUAAAGAAGUACAGUAUGAAGAAGUUGAGGCGAUGAUUAAGGAAGUCGAUCUCGAUGGCGAUGUGCACGUGGACUUUCGUGAAUUCAGCCGAGUAAUGGGAGGGUGGCAACUGAAUCUGCCUUCUGCAAAUCAGGCAUCCACCUCUUCUGAUUGAACUGAAGCAUUCUGAUAUGAUAUCAAGAUAUUUUUGUUGUUUCGAUAUAAAUGGUUCACAUGUUGUUUGAUGGUGUGGAAUUACUUAGUUUGCUGUUAGUGACUUAAAAACCAUUGAUUUGGUCAUCAGCAUGUUGUCGAUCGACAUGGAGCUUCAAAAUUCGUGUGUUUG